GUGCUUUUGUGCACAUUUUUUGUGGCAAAUAAAGUAAAAACACGAGUUUGUGUUAAAGUUUUUGUCUAUUCGGCCGGCAUUCAUUCGUCUUCAUUAAGAACAUUGAUCAAUUUUCAGAAAAAACGUGUUUGUGUGAAAAGUUGUGAAAUCAAGUAGAUUUUCCAACAUGACUGUUUCGCGGGAAAAGGCAUCCAUAUCUGUGGUGUCUCCCAGCGACACUGAACCAAUUGAAUGGUCGGCCGAAGAGGAAAUUCAAUUGUUUUUCGCAUUAGAAGGUUUGAAGCCUGUCGGCAUUAAUAAGCAUUUCUAUAUGGCCUGCAUUGCCGAUCGACUGUCGAAAAAUUUGCAACGUGAUGUACCAGCGGAAGCGAUAUGGGCACAUUUACGUACCAUGUACAAUUUGGAUGUAUUGGACGAGCUGGAACCAUUGCCGUUUCCCAAUGAAGAAAAAGAAUUUUCGCUCCCCGAGACAGAAUUUUCGGCUUUGCUAUCAAAAAAACUUGCUGAGAGUGAAGAGAAACAACGUCUUAGUAGCGUAGAUAGUAGCGGCGGUCCACCCUCUAUUAUUGCAGUUGCUACUGAUAAUACAACAAAGAGUGGUAACAGCGAAAAAAUACCAUCACAUAAAGUCAGUGCAGGCAGCCACAGUUUAAAAGAUAUUGAUAAAAAGAUAACAACAAAAUUGACUGAUAUGCCGAAACGUGUUCCAAAGCGUACGCGUGGUUCUAUGUCCCUAGAAUCGAAUAGUAGUCCAUCCACAACACCGCCACCUGUGCAAAGCAAUAAAAGACGGCGAAUAUAAGCGAAUACCAAAAAAAAAA